CCUAAUUUCUCACUCUCUCUGUCGUUAUUCCCUCACAAUUCAAACUCUCUCACUUCCUCACCCACAUAUACUGAUAUAUACUGUCAAGUCACCGGCCACCGCCACCCUCACAACAACACAGCCGCAAGCUUCGCCAUCUUCACAACCGCGAGAUCGCAUCUCCUUUUCCCACUCGUCACCGCCUCCAGCAGGUCUUCCAGCUGCCUUCUCAGCCUCAUCGUCGGCGCAUCAUUUUCUCCGCGUCAACGUCGCCGCAUAAUCGUCGCCGCCUCCAGCAGUCUCCGUUUCCCAUCGUCGCCGCCCCUGCUCCGCGACUGCUCCUUCACGUCGCCGAUCUUGUUGCCGCCGCCGACUGCUCCUCUCGCCGCUGCUACUCAGCACCUUCACGCCGCCGAGCUCUUGUCGCCGCCGCCGUCCACCUCCUCCAUUGCAAUUAUCGUCUUUUCUGACAAGGGCUUUGCGUUUAGGGUUCUUAACAGUUGAUUUGUUUUUAGGGUGUUUUUUGGGCGUUAUUACUUUGAGAAGAUGCAGCAGACACCCCCAAUGAUGCCGAUGAUGCCUUCCUUCCCACCUGCAAACAUUACCACUGAGCAGAUUCAGAAGUAUCUUGAUGACAACAAGAAGCUGAUUCUGGCAAUUUUGGACAAUCAAAAUCUUGGAAAACUUGCUGAAUGUGCCCAGUACCAAGCUCAGCUUCAAAAGAAUUUAAUGUAUUUAGCUGCAAUUGCUGAUGCCCAGCCACAAACACCAGCUAUGCCUGCACAGAUGCCCCCACACCCUAUGAUGCAACCAGGAGGAUACUAUAUGCAACACCCUCAGGCUGCAGCGAUGGCUCAGCAACAAGGGUUCUUUGCUCAAAAGAUGCCAAUGCAAUAUGGUAACCCACAUCAAAUGCAGGAUCCGCAGCAGCAGCAUUUGCACCAGCAGGCCAUCCAGGGCCAAAUGGGACUGAGACCUGGAGGGAUAAAUAACGGCAUGCAUCCACUGCAUGGCGAGGCUGGUCUUGGAGGUGGCAGCAGUGGUGGCCAACCUUCAACUGCAGGUCCAAAUGAUGCACGUGGUGGAAGCAAGCAAGAUGCCCUGGAAGCUGGGACAGCAGGUGGAGAUGGCCAGGGCAAUUCGGCUGCUGCUCAUAACAGUGGUGAUGGUGAAUCACCCUAUCUGAAGGGAUCAGAAGAAGCCAAGUGACAUGUUUUUAUGUAGCUUUCUUAAGAUACAUCUGAUUGUUGAUAUUAGGUUUCUCUUAUAAAGGUAGGAUCUUAUGACCUUUAAUAGGUCAAAGCAAAGAACAAAUAGCUUCUCCUUUCUAGGUAGUUCAGGAGAUGUGGUCGUGUUGUUAGGGUCUUGGCAUGCAUCUGGGUUCUAGAAUUAAAUCAAUGUAGUUACAAGGGGAAGUGAUGAAAUUGUGUUUUUAAGACCAUCUCCAAUGUGAAAUUCCGAAGUUGGAUCCCACUUUUGACCCCCUCUAGAGACCAUGAAAAGUAACUGGGAUUUAAAUUAGGGUGGUUGUUCCCGUACCUAACGUGGAUCAGUAAAAAGUUAAGAGUGCCUUUUAAGCUA